UUUAGGAUGUGUAAUACAAAGAAGUGAGUAGAGAGCGGGUAAAAGACAAGUGAAUUUGAUAAGUAAGAAAGAGGGAGUGAGAAAGUGAGCAGUACUCGUAGGCCGUAACAGAGAGUGAGAGAGUAGCACAUCAACAUUCAACACUCAACCCUGCAAUUAAAGCUCCCCCCACUCACCUUCUUCCUUUUCUCUCUUUCUCUCUCUUUCUGCUCUCCUCCUUUUACUUCACUUCAUCUCCAUUCUUCUUCCCACAACAAACUCCAUACCAAACUACUCAUUUCCUUUACUUUCUCAAACUUUCUUCUCCCGUUCCUCCGAUUUCUGUUUUCCUUCUCGUGUCGGAUCUUUUGCCGCAUUUUCUGGAUCUGUUUUUGAGGUUUUCCUGCAUUUAUUGCACUCUUUUCGAUGCUAGGGUUUUUGUUUUGCUCUUGAAAUGUGGUGAUUUUUGCUUUGAUUUUGAAUUUGCUAUGUAUUAAUGGCGAAUUUGUGUUUUCUUCACUGUCGGUGUGGACUGUGGACUCCUUCUUUGGAAUUCUGCUGCUUUCUGUCACACAUUGCUGGAAUUGUUUAGAUAAUUGUUGUGAUUUCUAUUUUGAUUUUGUACUCCGUUGGUGGAUGUGGUGGUAGAAGAAGAUGCGACUACCUGUGCUGCGCUUUUUCUUUCUUUCACUGUUCUACUUCGCCCAUUUUUCUCAAGGAUUUGAAUUUGCGCAAAUAUACUUGUCACCUCUUACAUUGCCAAGCCAAUUUUUACUUAAGAAAGAAGUCUCAUUGCCUGAAGCCUAUUCUGGUGGCACCUCAUCAUCUUCUAGAGUGAAGCGCUCUAUGCGAAAGAAUAAGCCAUCUGAAGGAUCUUCUACUGCACCCUCACCAUCUCCAGCACAUCAAGGACCUGUUGCUGCUCCUUAUCAUAGAUCCUUCCGAAGGCAUCGUGGGCAUCAUCAUAGAUUAAGACCCCACCUGACCUCUGUACCCCCUGCUGCUGCCCCAGGUUGUGGACAAAUAUGUCCAGAUCCACUUGCUUCUACUCCCAUUGGAACUCCUUGCGGGUGCGUUAUUCCUAUGAAAGUUGAGCUUCUUUUGAGUAUAGCGGUAUAUGCCCUUUUUCCAGUGGUUAAUGAACUGGAAAUUGAGGUUGCAUCCGGCACAUAUCUCAAGCACAGCCAAGUACAGAUAGUAGGUGCAGCUGCUGAUACCCAGAAUCAGGAAAGGACGCUAGUUACUAUUAAUUUGGUUCCUCUGGGCGAGAAGUUUGAUAACACCACUGCUGUACUGACCUAUGAGAGAUUAAGGCGAAAGGAGGUGCCUCUUAAUAGAACUCUUUUUGGAAACUAUGAUGUGGUUUAUGUUAACUAUCCAGGGAUUUCUUCACCUUUUCCUUCGGGGAGCUUCGAGGGUAGUCCAACUGGAAGUGCUGAUGGACAAUUCCCUAUAACUGCUAAUUUUAUUGACAAAAACCAGAAAUUAAAUUCCAAAACCAUCUUUGUUAUAGUCUUUUCUGCAUUAGUUCUUUUGGUGGUUUGCUGCACAGCAAUUUUUUUGCUAAUAAAGUGGAAAAAAUCUAGGAAAGUGUCAAAUGCAAUUGGACCUGUAUUCACACCAUCGAUCAAUAAGAAAACCGGUAUGGGUUCUACUUUUUCAAGUAGUUUGGCUAGCUCAACCUCUAUGUCACUGUUUGCAUCAAUACCGACAUGUGCUCUCUCUGUGAAAACAUUUUUGCUUGUUGAACUUGAGAAGGCUACCGAUAAAUUCAGCUCAAGGAGAAUUUUGGGGGAGGGAGGGUUUGGGCGUGUCUAUCAUGGCAUGUUGGAAGAUGGAUUUGAAGUCGCUGUGAAGUUGCUUACUAGGGAUAAUCAGAAUGGAGAUCGUGAAUUUAUUGCAGAGGUUGAAAUGCUGAGCCGAUUACAUCAUCGGAACCUUGUGAAACUAAUAGGUAUAUGCAUUGAAGGACACAGACGGUGCUUGGUGUAUGAGCUUGUACAUAAUGGCAGUGUUGAGUCUCACUUGCAUGGUGUUGAUAAGGCGAAAGGGCCUCUGGAUUGGGAUGCGAGGUUGAAAAUUGCUCUUGGUGCCGCAAGAGGAUUGGCUUAUCUGCAUGAGGAUUCUAAUCCUCGAGUUAUUCACCGAGAUUUCAAGGCCAGCAAUGUUUUGUUAGAAGAUGACUACACUCCAAAGGUCUCAGAUUUUGGUUUGGCAAGAGAAGCUACAGAAGGAAGCGAGCAUAUAUCCACUCGUGUCAUGGGAACAUUCGGGUAUGUUGCUCCUGAAUAUGCGAUGACUGGGCAUUUGCUUGUGAAAAGUGAUGUUUAUAGUUAUGGGGUUGUCCUCUUGGAGCUUCUCACUGGCCGAAAGCCAGUAGAUAUGUCCCAGCCUCAGGGACAAGAGAACCUAGUAACAUGGGCACGACCUCUAUUGACCAACCGAGAAGGUGUAGAGCAAUUGGUGGAUCCUGCCUUGGCUGGAAACUAUAAUUUUGACGAUAUGGCUAAGGUAGCAGCAAUAGCUUCCAUGUGUGUCCACCCUGAAGUGACUCAUAGGCCAUUCAUGGGGGAAGUUGUGCAGGCUCUUAAACUAAUUUACAAUGAUAGUGACGAAAACUGUGAAGAUUGUGGUAGUCUGAAAGAUUCUUCGGUUCCAGAUUUGGAUUCCAAGAGUGAUGUCGGACCAUCUGAUAGCGGCUGGUGGAAUGCUGGUGGUGCAACACCCCGUUUAAUUUAUGGGCAAGCUUCUUCAUUUAUAACUAUGGACUAUAGUUCAGGUCCUCUGGACGAAAUAGAAAACAGACCUUUUUCAACUUCAAGCUUGGUGGGAGACCGGGGCUCUUUGCCUUUAACACAUGCUAAUAGAUCUGGUCCUUUGAGAACCAUAAAAAGCAAGCCAUCAUUCUAUCGAUUGAAGGGUAGCAUGAGUGAACACGCAGGCUUCCUUUCGAGGCGAGCUCGGAGCGAUAAUUUCUGGGUUUGAGUGUUUAUUAUAAUAUAUAACAAAAGGUUUUUACCAAGUGUACAGUUUGGAGGACCUGGGUGUGACAGAGAAUGAGUUUUCAGGUGUAGUUAGAACAGGGAAACUGGUAUCAUUGUGAACUCCAUAUUUUGAGGAAAACUAUGAUUUUCGACUAGAAAAUCAAUUCAUUACCCACACAAAGAUGGCAUUUGUAAGAUGAUUGCAAACUUCCCCGAAGUAUAUAAUUUUCGAAGUUAGAUAUUUCUUGAUGUCGAUAAUCAGUGUUAUUUGGUUGUUUUCUGUAUGGCUUGGAGUUUGCUAGAAGAGUCUGAAAUGUAUUUGUUUUAUGUGCCAUUAUUAUUCAAUAAUCUAUUUCUGCAAGUUUCAGCAAUUGGACAAGAUUACACCGUCGCCAAGCAAUAGUUGGACAGGAAAAUUCAGCAGCUUUUAUCUUUGAUACUUCCUUUGUUCCAUUAUACUUAUAUUGAAAGUGAUAUUUUUCGUACAACAUGUUAUAAUUGGAUGCGAAUAUUCAGAACGGAAAAAGUACUCUUUUUCUUGAACACAUGCUUGAAUUGCAAAUAGGUUUUGAAAUUUCCACCUCUUUAUUUUAGGUGGGGCAACAGUUUUAUUAGUACUUAAAACUAACAAUUACCAUACUAUAGACCUACUAUAUCAUGUUGUACGGGAAUUUGUAUUAUACUAAAUAGUAAAUCCUGUUUACUAAAGAUUAGUAUUUUUUUUCAUUGUAGCUUAAAAAUCGUGAACUUCCGUAAUCUUUUAACUAAUGU